AUGAAGACUGGAAACGACUCUUCGCCGCCCACCUCUGCCGAACCACAGCAUGACCCGGAGGCUGGCGUCAUCGACAUUGAUGCUGCUUUCGCCAGUGCAAAAUGCUUGGCAGCCGAUGAAGAAGAGUUCUCCGAUCCUUUCGACAUUGGCAAUACCAAAAAUGCGUCACAUGAAUCGCUCAAGCGUUGGAGGCAAGCUGCACUUGUUCUUAAUGCUUCCCGACGGUUCCGGUACACAUUGGAUUUGAAAAAAGAUGAUGAACAAGAACAACGACGAAGCAUGAUAAGAGCACACGCUCAAGCCAUACGGGCUGCAUUGCUCUUCAAAUUGGCUGGACAGCGAGCAAUCGUAUUGGGUACUGCGGUAUCUCCUCCAACUCCUAAUGGGGAUUAUGGAAUUGGCCACGAAGAACUUGCUUCAAUGAGCAGGGACCAUAAUAGUUCUGCACUACAACAAUAUGGAGGGGUUAAAGGGUUAUCGAAGAUGCUAAAAACAAACAUAGAAACCGGAAUUGGUGGUGAUGAUGAAUUACCACAAAGACAGCACGCCUUUGGUUCAAAUACAUAUCCUACAAAAAAAGGACGAAGUUUCUUGAGGUUUCUUUGGGAGGCUUGGCAAGAUUUAACUCUCAUCAUCUUAAUAAUAGCCGCUGCAGCAUCAUUGGCUCUUGGCAUAAAAACAGAGGGCCUGGACGAAGGAUGGUAUGAUGGAGGAAGCAUUACCUUUGCUGUACUUCUUGUUAUCUUUGUUACCGAUCAAAUUCGAGGCAGCCCAGUGCUUCCUAGAGCACAUCACGGAGCAAUUCUUUCAGCUUUCUCCCCUUCCUUUGGGGAGGAGUCAGGAUUGUUGGAACUAGAGGCUUGGUGA